CGUUGAUGUUACUGUAUGAAAAGAAAAGAAAGAAAUGACAAGAUUAUGGAAAUCUCUAGAUACAUUUCUAGUGACUUAAUAAGAUUAAACGUUUUUUGUAAGAAAAAUGAAAAUUUUGUUGAAUUUAUUAGUUGAAAUAUAGUGAGCAGUGACGCUUUUUAUACGUUUAUCCAGUCGAAAUAGGUAUAAUAUAAAAAUGUGAAGGUAUUUGUAAAAAGUACUAUACAUGAAAUAUGUAUUUCAUUUAUCUCUUAAUGUUGGUAAGCCGUCUAUCGAUUCUCCCCACGUACACACCUCCUCUUCAGUCAUCGAUUGCACUUUUUGCACCUGCCAUUUUUUUUCCAGAGUAAUGAGAGCCUCAUCUCAAACCAGUAGCACGAGGGUGCAGUAAAACAGGCCUGACCUGCGAAACCACCCUCACCCUCUUCGUCUCAAUGAAUCUUUCAUAUUCAAUAUCUUUCGAAAAUUUUUGAAGUGUCUCCUGCAAGAAAGAAAGACAGAGAAAGAUACACUUGAGAAGUCAAAGUGUGGAACGAAGGAAGAAUAACGCUGCCAUCAGUAAGAAAGAAAAAGAGGAAAAAAGACAGAAGUAGAAGAAGGUGAAAGUAAGAGAGAGACGGACAGAGGGUGGGUGGUGGGGGGCUCUCGGUUUAAGAGAGAGGGAGAGAGAGGAGGUCGAAGGGAGUCGAGCGAGGAGAAUGACGGAUAGCCAGCAGCAGUUUUGCUUGCGUUGGAACAACUUUCAAGCUAAUAUCACCAGCCAAUUCGAGGCCCUCAGGGAUGACGAGGACUUCGUUGAUGUCACCUUAGCCUGCGAUGGUAGGCGUCUCCAGGCGCACAAGGUUGUCCUCUCCGCGUGCAGCCCUUACUUCAAGGAGUUGUUCAAGACAAAUCCAUGCAAGCAUCCGAUAAUAUUUAUGCGAGAUGUGGAGUUUGAACACCUGCAGUCACUUUUGGAGUUCAUGUAUGCUGGAGAGGUUAACAUAUCUCAAGCAGAAUUACCUACAUUUUUAAGAACUGCUGAGUCUCUGCAAAUCCGUGGCCUCACUGACUCUCAAAAUAAUCAGCACAACAACGAAAAGCAUUUGAAGACAAACAACAUACACGCAUCAAAUGGCCGUGGGCUGAUCUCACCAAAUUUGGAGGAGGACCGUAGCAAAACUCCACCAACUUCAAGUCCUCCACCAUUAAAAAGGCUGUGCAAACGAAGUGAUUCGCCUCAAAUAUCUAGUCCAGUACCAGCUCCGGCGGCCUGUGCAACUGGAACGCCACGCACACGGCCAUUAAUUGAGCCACAGGUUCAACUUGACUGUUAUAAAGAUCUCGAUAUUGUUGAGCCAAAAAUAGAAUUACCAGAAUAUGGAAGUGAUGAUGAUUGUUCUCCAAAGCAGGAGGUCAACACACUGCCAAGUGGCUUUCUUAGCCUUGAUGGUGGCAUGGAAGUUUUGCCAUCUUAUCCACCUUCCUAUCAAGGUGGAGGAGCAGGAGGAGGAGGAGGAGGUGGAGGAGGGGGUGGUGGAUCACUAGAAGGUGGGAUGCCAGGACCAUCUCAUGCUGGUAAUACGGAAUUAAAUCAAGAACAACAAGGUCGAAGGGUACGCCGCGGCAGGCCGCGGCUUGGAACAAGGGGUGGAAAACAUGGAUCCCCGUCUGUACAGGGUAAUUCGCCAUCGAGGAGUGAAUGGUUACCCUUGGAUAUGAGAACUACACCUCCUGCUGCGAUGCCUGCUUUCCGUGGUUUCGAGGAGUCCUCUUCCGACGGCGUGGUGCACUUGGGAGAGGGAAUAGCAGUUUGCGAGGAACAACUAAGGGCUGUGAAAUGGAGCGAUUAUAGAAAAUUGACCCGUGGUCUGGCUGCAAUUUUGUUCAGCCCCACCGAGUUGGCCACCUGCUCGGUCACAGGACAACGAUGGAGCCGAGCUGGAACUGCCACUGAAAGACCAGUGAAACCUGCGCUAGAUAAGGCCAAAGUACAGGCUAUUAUAUCCUACGUGACAUCGAGGUUUCCCACAGUCGACGUGAGCAGCGUGAAGCAAGUGUUGGCUUACAAGUGCAAGGAGAACUCGACGGCACUCAAGAUGAAAUCUAUUAGAUACAUUUGUGAGAGACAGGAAACAGAAAGAUCACCAAGGGCAAAUCCCGAAGAUAAGUGAGAGGUGGUAGAAGUGCGUUGAACGUGCAGCCAUAAUCGAACAACUUCGCAACGUUCAAUCGAAUCUGGGGACUUCUUGCGGCUUGCGACUAACCUUCUUGCUUCGUCCUCUCUCGGCAUCGACACCUUGAAAAUUACUAUUUUCGAUUAAGUUGGCACGCCGUUUAAUCUGGCCGUGGUUAAUAUGCCACAUAACCACCGAAUUACACGAAGGAUUCGCUAUUGUUAAAAAGUUCAAGAACUUGAAGGAAUCAACGCUGCCGUGUUAAUUCAAAUAGGCGUAUCUGGUCGAAAGGUGAUUUUGAGAAAAGUGUCUUUCAAUAUUCAACAACCAGGCAUCGAUUUCACAUACGUCCGGGAUAUGAACUGUUAUAUCUUCAGUUUUAACGCAGGUACAACUUUCUUAUUUGCUAUACACACAGGAAAACUAUUUUUCUGCUGCCUGACAGCAAUGACUUGAUUUAAGCGGAAGUUGCAGAUAUGCCUUUUUGACGUAACAAAGGCAGAAUGGCAAGUCGAGUUACUUCGCAGAUUGAUAUUUUACCUUCGAUGAAACAAUGCCGAGACUAUUUGGACAGUUAAAGCCGUUGUAGGAUCAAUUCGUUGAUUGCUUCAGAAUAUCAGAUUAUUCUGGUACAUGAUGUAGUUCAAUUACGUGAAGAAUUAAAAAAUCUUCGAAGGUACGGGAAGAACGUCUCUUUGAGAAAGAACGUGACGUCUUAAAUGGCGUAAUUUCCAAAUUUCCAUAAUUUGGAUCAUGUCAAGGUUGUCCUUAUGCCUUAAACCGCCGUGUUUUAAAUUAGCACCGCUAGGAUCGGUUGAAAAUCAUACGAAUCAAUGAUAUUACCUUCGUAAAGCAUUGUUCAGAAGAAACGUACAUUCGUUAAAAAAAAAAAAUAAUUAAAAACAUCCGACUAUCGUUAUUAAUAAUUAAUAACCGAGCCUUAAAUUUAUCAACUCCAAUUUCUGAGUGUUAAAUACAAUUCGUAAACAAAGAGCUGAUAAAAUGUAAAUAAAAUAACGAAAAGUAUCGUGAACUUAAAAAAGAAAAAGAAACAUCUAACCUAACAGCGAGAUGCUUUUAAAGGGAAAAGCGGACGCGGCCUACUUGAUAGAAAAAUCAUCUUCGAAACGGAUUUAAAAAAAAAAUCGAUCUUAAUAACGAAAGAAAUCGUAAUAAAUCAUAUAACUUGUAUAGGAUCAAUAAUUAGAAAUGAACAAAAAAAGAAACGAAGUAAUUUCGUUAGUAAUAAACACGAUCGUUUAUUAUGAACGAAAGACGAUUUUGUUUAUAAUUCGCGAACGAACGUAGUGGUAGUAGCAACCUCUUAGGAUGGAAUUUAAUGAAAUACAGUAGAACCUCAGUUGUCCGGACUAAUUGAAGGAUAAGUAUGUUCGAACAGUAGAAUAGUUACUUUCCUGAUGUUCAUCCUCGAAAAGAUGUUCAUCUUUGAACGUUCAUAUCUGUCCUAUAUGUUUCAGGAAAGAACAUAAAUUAUAACAAUGGCCAUACAAAUAAUGAAAUUAAAUAAGAAGAUGUUCAUCUUUGAAAGCUCACCUUUGUUCUAUAUAUUUCAAAAAUGUAAAUAAAUAUUGGGUUGACCAAUAAGUAAUAUUGUACUUUUUGUAUAAAACGAUAGUCACACUGAAAUUUUAUUCAGCAACGUAGUGUCCGUUUUGGUCCACAGACCAAAUUUUGCCAUCGUGUGGACAAUGAUUCCAAUCUUCCAAAACUCAUCUUUUUCUGCAAGGAACAUGGACACGUGCAUUUUGCAGACCCUCAAAGAAUCAACAUUUUUAUCACUGAAUUUUAUAAAGAUCUGAACAAAUGACGAUUUAAGGAUAUUAUGUCAGAGAAGAGAUGAAAAGGUGUCAGAGAACAUCCCAAUUGAAUUGCCUCAGUUUUUGUCGAGUUUGCGACGAGACGUGGGGUCUCUCAUUGUCGCGGUGAAAAAUGACUUCUUUUCUAUUCGCUAUUCCUGGCCAUUUCUCCCCGAUAUUCGCCUUUAGCCGGUCCAAUUGGUUACAACAUUUCGUAGAAUUUAUAGUCUCAUCUUGUGCUAGGUGCUCGUAAUGCACUAUUCCCUUGCAAUCCCAUCAUACACACAGUGUGAUCUUCUCAGGUUAUAAACUUGGACUUGGAAGUUGUUAAUGCAAUUGAUCUCGGCUUAGUCCAAUGCCUUUUCCGUGCAACAUUAUUGUAGGUGACCCAUUUCUCAUCAACUGUGACAAUCCACCUUAGAAAUGGCUGAUUUUCCUAACGUUUCAAUAGCGAAUCGCAAGCCAACAUUCUAUCCGCUAUGUUUCUUCCUGGUAAUUUGUGCUGAACUUAAAUGCCAUAUGAGCCGUUUAAUGCAAAAAUGGUGUAAGUUGAUUGAAAAGAGUUGAUUACUAGAUAACGAGGGAUAGAGUAAAAUUUCUGUGAGGGGUCGAGUGAUUGUUUCUCACUUCUUCUAUCCACCGAGAAACCAACGAAGACAUACUUACACGACUUCUAGACAAAAAAGAAUGAAGGUUAUGCUUUCAAGCUGUACUAUUACAUUAAAUAGGCAAAAGAUUCAUUUACACUACUCUUGCAUCAAACGUCUCGUAUCAGGAAACUGUUGCAAGUUGAUGUAAGUGAUUACGAACGUUAAAUUCAGCUUUUUUCAACAUCUCAGUAGUCUGCUUAUCAACAGUCGAUAAUUUGUCAUUAUCAAUUUCGAUGGAUGUACCAGGCUGUUUCUCCACUACGAAAUCUCAUAAACAACCAUUUGCAUCACUUUUACACUUACAGCAUCGUCAUCGUGCACGUUGCAAAUCUUUUUUGUCGUUUGUGUGGUGCUUUUUAACGGCGCAGUUUGCUCAAUUAUACGUGUUUUCGUCAGAGGCACCAUCAGCUGACUUACGACCCGAUUUGUGAGGUUAGGAACACCGCAUCGUUACUUGAAGACAACAGAACGCCAGGUGGCGUGAAAACACGACGUUACUUAUUGGCCAACCUAAUAACAGCAAUAUCGAUACUGAAAUGAAAUAUGAUCUGUUUAGCUGCUAAAUCGCGUAGCUGUUUUAGCAGAUUUCAUUCGGCAAAGUUACAUUUCUUUUCUGCAUAGAUUGUGUCUAAGGACUCAAAUGCUACAAAACGUCGAGGAGUAUUAUUAUUGCAUUAUAUCUGUUUCUCAAUUAAUUCGUUAUUCGAAGCACACGUAACAUUAGCACGAUGGUCAAUCGAAGAAGGUUCAUCGCGUUGAAACCAUUCUAUUACGUCGGGGCUGUUGCAAUAACCGAAACCUGGUAUUGUGUUCAAUGCAGAAAGAGUCUCUUCUACGUCUGUCGUAAUAUUAUCUUCCACUUCUUCCUGUAUGGUGUCUUCAAUGUAAUUCGCUAGUUUUCUCUUCUCAGUGUCACACAUCUGAUGCCCGACCAAGCAUAUGCCAUCUCAUAACUGCUAUCUUAUAAACCUAAUUGCUUGUGAAGUAUGGGUAAUAGGAAAUUCGGAUGACAGGGGUUCGGAUGAUCGAGGUUCUACUGUAAUUAGGAUGAUAAGGGCGCAGUUUGGAUUAACUAAUUCUUAGUUAACUUUCUUUGCGAAGAUAACUGUAACAGAGGUUAUGUUUCUUUUUAACGUAACAUUCAAAGAACGUACAACACGCAGUCGAAAAAUGUGGUGUUAAUCGAUUUCAGAUUAAUAAUCGAAAGAGGAAAAAUUACCUGCUAAAGUAGCAAGCUGUUCAAUAGAAAUGUCUCUUUAAUUACUUACAUGAAUUUUUAUAUCUUUAUUGAUUUACAUUUUUCAAACGUAAACGAGAUAGAUAUAACGAUCGAAUUCUAAUUUUUUAUUACAUGAUAUUGAAAAAAUAUUUGAUCGUAAAAUUGGAACAUUUUUUUUUACCAGAUAUUAUGAUAUGCUUGAAUUUUGCAGUUCAAUUUUUGACCAAUCUUUUUCUGGGAUAUUGUCUGAAUUAAUAGAAUUUUGAAACUCAUAAGUUAUGGGCCAAGUUACGCAGAAAGCCAUCAGUCCUCAAUGAUCUGCACUCGAGUUUUAGUUUCAGGAUUUUAACUUUAAGAAGAUAGCUUUAUCUCUGUUGAAUAUAUUUUAAUUCCUGUUGUUGUUUUACCAUUUUACCAUUUUCAAUGGCUGAUUUAGUAGCGUAGUUAAUAUAUGGUUUGGAAGUUUUCUGCAGAAUAAUUAUAAGCCUAAAAUGGAACUAUGGCUGCGGUAGUUUUAAUAAUCGUACAGUUGUAAGAGUUGUUUUUUAUGAGUUGGUAAUCUUUUGCAAUGUGAGCUUCACAAAAUUAUGGGAUCCGUGAUGUGUUUUACUAAUCUUGUUGUCAUUUCGAGGACUGCCAGGUCUCUGCGUGACUUGGCCUAAUCGCAUCGUCGUCUGUUUCUUAAUUUGACAAGGGUAUUUUAGCAAAUUGUAGUUUUUCCUCGCCAGUCGACAAACGUACCAAGGGGUAAUUGUAACAAGACGUUGAUUACUAUUUUUUCGUCAGAUUUUACUAGAAAUUCUCCAUCUGUGUAAACUGAAUAACGAAAAAGGUAAAACAAAAGGGACAACUACCCGGGAUGUGAGGGUAGCAAUUUUCGUAUAGGAAAACGCCUAAAGUUUAAACAAGUAAAUAGAUAAAUAAACCGAAAAAUUAAAGAAAUGAAGAAUAUAUAUAUAUAUACAUACAUAUAAAUAUAAAUGAAAAUAAAUAAACAAACAAAUAAAUUCAUAUGUGCGUAUGUGUGUGUAU